CAUAACAACACGGUAUGACAUGUCAUGUCAUAAUCUCAUGAUUGCGUUUUCUAAAACGCUUCGUUAACAGCGGACGACCUUGCGAAGAUUUAUAGGGGGGUAAAUAAAUAUAAAUAACACCGCUUGGAGUGAGAGCCAGUUAUUUAGUAACCGUCAAACUGAAAAGAUGCUUUACGAAAUCGCCAACGGACACCAAAAAGGACGCACUGUGGGGUACUCAAAUGGAAGUUUUUCUAACGGGGUUUCAAAUGGGACUACAACAUCAAAUGGUUAUUCUAAUGGACAUGAAGAGCACCCCGUCGUUGAUUUACGUAGUGAUACUAUCAGCAAACCAACCCAAGCGAUGAGAGAUGCAAUGUAUUUGGCCCCUGUUGGGGAUGAUGUUUAUGGGGAAGACCCCACGGUUAAUUUAUUAAUACAAAAAGCGUGCGAAUUGUUGGGGAAAGAAGAUGGGAUUUUAGUACCAUCAGGAACAAUGGCUAAUUUAAUAGCGAUUAUGGUUCAUUGUAGAGAGAGAGGUAGCGAAUUAAUUUGUGGGGAUAAUAGCCACACCUUUAAAUUCGAGCAAGGUGGUCCAGCUCAAAUCGCGGGGGUUCAACAAGCCUUAGUUAAAAAUUUAGACGACGGGACUUUUUGUUUAGAAGAAAUGAAGAGUAAAAUCCGCGUGGACCCCGAUUGUCACGAACCAACAACCUCUUUAAUCAUCGUUGAGAACACCCACAACAUUUGUGGGGGGAAAGUUUUACCAUUAUCUUGGUUAGAUGAAUUAACAUCCAUCUCAAAAUCGUACAAAAUCCCCGUCCAUAUGGAUGGGGCCCGAAUUAUGAACGCAGCCGUUGCGUUAAACGUCCCUGUUAAUAGAAUUGUAAAAGAUAUUGAUACAGUUUGUUUUUGUCUCAGUAAAGGUUUAGGGGCCCCAAUUGGAUCUUUAUUACUUGGAAGUACCCAAUUCAUUCAAAGAGCUACAAGAGUUCGUAAAGCUCUAGGAGGAGGGAUGCGCCAAUCGGGAAUAAUCGCCGCUGCGGGUUUAGUGGCUUUAGAUUCAAUGAUUGGUCGUUUAAAAAUCGAUCACGACCGAACAUUGAAAAUAGCCCGCGCAAUAAGCGACUUUCAAUCCGAUUUGUUUAAAGUAGAUUUAAAAUCGGUUCAAACCAACAUUUUAAUGGUGUGUUUGGACGCGAAACGAGUGACUGUUUCGGAGUUUUUAAAACGAUUGUACGAGGUUAAGGACGCUGAUGAGGUUAAAGUUCAUCUGAGGGCGACCACUUUAAAUUCAAACAGUGCCCGAUUCGUUCUGUAUUGGGAGAUAACGGAAAAGGAUGUUGAUCUAGCGAUUGGUAAGUUGAAGUUGGUUGUAAAAGAAUUUGAGGAUAAGUUGAAAAUGUAAAUGCUAAAUUUAAGUGUAAUUAAUUCUUUUUUUGCAUGUGUUUAUCACAGUAUUUGUAAUGUAUAUUUUAAUAUUUUAAAGGAAAAUAAAUAGGUUAUUUAUUA